AUGGCCCUCUCCUCAGCAAAGCGAGCUGGCAAGCGCUUCAUCGGACACCCUGAGCACGCGAUACCCGUUGCUUCCAGCGUUGACUGGGUUUCUCAGGUCUUCGUCAACCCUACCCAACACAUCAAGGACUAUCUCAUAAGUUUAUUCCCCAUCCUGACAUGGAUAACACGAUAUAAUCCCGGAUGGCUUACUGGUGAUCUUAUCGCCGGUUUAACCGUUGGUAUGGUUGUUAUUCCCCAAGGAAUGUCCUACGCUGUGCUUGCGACUCUCCCUGCGGAAUAUGGUCUCUACUCAUCCUUUGUCGGCGUGCUCAUCUACUGCUUCUUCGCAACCUCGAAGGAUGUUUCCAUCGGACCCGUGGCCGUGAUGUCCUUGACUGUCGCACAAGUCAUCAAACACGUCGAGUCCCGCAGUCCGGGUGAAUUUGACGGACCCCAGAUCGCCUCCGUCCUCGCUCUUAUCACCGGAUUCAUUGUCCUCGGAAUCGGUCUCCUGCGUAUUGGUUGGCUGGUUGAAUUCAUCCCUGCUCCCGCUGUGUCUGGAUUCAUGACUGGCUCAGCCAUCAGUAUUGCCGCAGGACAAGUUCCGGGAUUGAUGGGCAUCUCAGGAUUCGACACUCGUGCGGCAACUUAUAAGGUCAUCAUUAACACUUUGAAGGGGCUUCCUCGGACGAGACUCGAUGCGGCUUGGGGCUUGCCUGGUCUCGUGGGUCUAUAUCUCAUCCGUCUGGGUUGCAUCAAGGGCGGAAAGAGAUACCCUCAGAGAGGUAAGUAUCACACCUUCUACGAUGCCAGAUUGCAGGGGCAAAUAAAUUCCCAGCACGCUUGUUUUUCUUCAUUAGUGUGCUCCGGAAUGCCUUCGUCAUUAUCAUCCUUACACUGGCGGCAUGGCUCUACUGCCGUCACAGGAAGGACGAUGCCGGAAGAUACCCGAUCAGAAUCUUGUUGA